AUGACGUUACCGAGUGCUUACGGGAGCAUUUCGGUUAUUGAUUUGAUUGAUGUUAUUGACAGAGCUGUUGAAAUCAAGAUGGAAGAGAAAUGUUUGGGUGAAGCUCUUGUUGCCAUUUUGGUGAACUUUGAUGUUGAUGACAUGGAAGGUUAUAUGGAGACUAUUAACUCGCUUGAAGAUAGCUCGCCAAGUGUUGAACACCAGAGGAGGUUGAAUCCACCUAUACAAGUGGUGGUGAAGAAAGAGAUCAUUAAAUGGUUAGAUACUGGAGUUGUAUAUCCUAUUACAGACAGUAAGUGGAUUAAUAUUGCUCUUGAAGGCCAGGAGAUGAUGAAUUUCACUUGUCCUUAUGGGAAUUUUACUUUCAACAGGAUGCCUUUUGGUCUUUGCAAUACACCGGCUACAUUUCAGAGGUGCAUGAUGUCGAUCUUCUUAGAUAUGGUUGAGGACUUCUUGGAGGUCUUCAUGGAUGAUUUUUCUACGGAAGGGAUCGUCCUUGAUCAUAAAAUCUCUGAAAAGGGGAUUGAGGAUGAUGAAGCCAAAACAGAUGUGAUUGUAAAGCUUCCUCCACCCAUCUCAGCAUUUGAUGAGUUGAAGGAGUGCCUAACUUCUGCUCUUAUUAUUGUAUCUCCUGAUUGGUCUCUGCCAUUUGAGUUGAUGUGUGAUGCGAGUGGCUUUCCUAUUGGGGUUAUUCUUGGUCAUAGGCACAAUAAGAUCAUGCACCCAAUUUACUAUGCCAGCAAAAUGCUCAGUGGGGCGCAGAUGAACUACACUGUGACUAAGCAAGAGCUACUUGCCAUAGUCUAUGCUUUUGAGAAGUUUCGAGCCUACCUAUUGGGGUCCAAGGUGGUGGUUUAUAUGCGAUCAUGUUGCAUUGAGGUAUCUGAUGGCGAAGAAGGAGGCGAAACUGCAGUUGAUUGGAUGGAACCUAUUGUUGCAAGAAUUCAAUUUUGUGGUGAAAGAUCGAAAGAGGUCCGAAAACUAGGUUGCAGACCAUCUCUCACGGUUGAAGAAGAUGGGGGACCUUCAGAGGAGCUUGAUAUAGAUGAUGCCUUCCCAGAUGAGAGGGUCCUAGCAGUGUCAUCACAUUGUAUCCCAGAGUCUGAGGUGAUGGAGAUGUUGAAAGCUUGCCAUGACUCUCCUGUUGGAGGUCAUCAUAGUGGAACUUGGACUGCAGCCAAGGUUCUUGAAUAUGGGUAUUACUGGCCCACUCUUAUCCAUGAUGCAAACUUGUUGGCAUGA